CUCUGGGAUAGAAAAGGGAGCAAACACGAUCCCGGCUUUCGGAAAGCCCAACGCCAUACGUUUUGUGUACAGUAGUACUACCUGAAGUCCAAGCUAUUUUUAAUCAAAUUUUCUGCUCUUUCAGCCGCAGUUUGUAAACGAUUUGAUACUCAUACCCAGAGCUACAGAAAUAAUCUUUGUUUUGUGGUUCUUCACUGCAAUCAUGGCAGACGGAGCUCGUCGGUUUUUACAGUUUUCAGCCACUGAACUCAAGAAGUUUUUGAGGGAUAGGCGCGUACCAUUCAAUGAUGAAAAGCACGCUGAACUUGCUGAAAAAGCCUACUUGGCAGAAAAGCUUGAUUUGCAAGUAAAGCCUUAUGAUGAGAAAGCUGAGAAUAAAAUAAUUAAGUGUCAGCAGGAAAAGUUGAUACUUGAUGAUGGUUUAAUACGACUUCCAAGACCAGAGACGCUUACAAACGGUUGGGAAGAUGGUCCUGCCAAUCUGCCUGACAUAUCCCGUGAUCACAUUGACAGCUUCAUCAAAGCUGGAAACCGCAGAACUGGAAGGGUAAAAACAGAAGGGAGGAGAACUCUUGCGUUUGGCAAAGGUCUUUACAUGUCUGGUCAUGUGCAGUCAGUCCAAUAUCAUGACAUCAACCCAAAGAUUUGCUACUGCUUCGUGCGAGGAAAGGUCGUUUCUCAGGUCAAGACUUCUGAGCCAGCAUACUUGACAUGGCUAGUGCUGCAGAAAGACACAGGAAGAAUCUGCACAGCUGAAUGCAACUGUUGCUCAGGUGUACAGGCCACCUGCAAGCACAUUGCGGCUCUCCUGUUUACUGUAGCAGAAGUAGUGGCGGUCGAAGGGCGCCACGCAUCCUGUACGUCACAGCCUAAAGCAUGGGGCCUUCCGCCAAAACGGAGGAUGAAAGAGGCUCUCCACCAACCUCAAUUUACUGAGGACAAUGAAGUUGUGGGAAUGACAGAGGAUGUUAUGCAUCACGAGCUAGGCAAUGGUAGACUUAAUCGUUCGAACUUUGACCCUAGACUCCAUUGCCAUCGUGCCAAACGAAAUAUUAAUGAUUUCGACCUAGACUGGCUCGCCUCCAUCACAAACGGGAACUGUGGUUUGUUAGCGUACACCAAGCGGGAGCCCAAUGAACUACGAUCAACGCCGAACAUUUCAGAGGUCGACAGAUAUGAAGAGGUAGUCUCUUGCGAUUUCCCUUAGACUAUGUCAGAGGCUCUUCAAGAUCGCUCAGACAUCCAGCUUAUGGAAAUAAGUACCCACCAGCAACAGGUCAUCAUAAUAGAAACAAAACAACAGGCGAAGUCGAAGCGUUGGAAGAAACACAGAGUUACAUGGUCGCAUAUCUGCUUAGUGUUUCUGGGGACUGUAUGUGAAGCAGGUCAAGCAGCUGUGAGAAAUGGUACUAUCCAUGACCUCUCCCAAGUUGCACGAGUGAUGGGGUACUUUGGAUCAGCCUGACAGAAGUUCGAGGUCCUAUUACACGGCACCUUUAUUCGUAAGAGGUAUGGGUUGUAUUGAGUAUGCAAACUAACUUUCUUGAGUUGAUCAACGUUGUCCAAGAAUCAAUCAAAUGUAGUGUCCUGUCCUGGCAAGCUGAAAUAUGGCAAGACAAACUCGUGAUGAAAUGGUGAGACGAAAUCUGAUUUCGUUGAGCAGUUAUUAAAACUUUGAAUAGCGUUACGAAUUACUGUUCCUCAUGGCAACGGACCACGAAUCGAAUCUGAUUGGAGAACGUUGUCCAAAAUACUUUCAAAAGCAGUUAUGAAUAACAGCAAAUUUAUUUUACUUAAUUUUUGAUAAAUUAUGCACAACUUGUAAUAAACAAAGAUUACGUACAGCGAAACUUUGGGAAAGUAACAACCAUUCGAAAGAGGUUAAUAAAAAAUUUCAUCAUAGAAAUGUUAUUGGAAAUACAAAGAAAAUAUAAGAUACCUCGAUUUAGUGAAGAAGUUAAGAAAGUAAUAAAAAUGUUAUAAUGAUCAUUAUGUUAGAAAUUAUGUUGAUCUUGUAUAUAAUUAAUGUUACAUUUCACUUGUUUUGUAAAUAGUAUAUAUCUAUUUUGAAAUGGAAUAAUAAUGUCCCUCUGAAGAGGUAAAGAGAAAGAAAAAAAAAAGUAGUUAGACCUGUUCUUUAUUUCAAGCUGAAAUAUUGCGCGACUUGUGAUAAAUUCGGGAGACGAAAUUUGAUCGAUACACGUUGACUUUGAUAAGUGCGGGAAUCAAUGAGGUUCCUGAUUACAAUGGUCCAUGGAAAGUGAAUCGAAUGUGCCUCGAAAACGUUGUUCAAAAUGCUAUCAACAUAAUAAUCGAAAGCAGUGAUGUAUUUUGUGACCUGAAUUCCUGCUCGAAAUGAGAUGAAUUCGUUAGCAACAGUCUUCAACUCGAACACAAUUGGCUUUGAAGAUACCUUUCAUGAUGUAUUGAUGUUAUGACGUAACAAGGGAGAAGGAGGAUAUACCAUCAAACAAAAGAUCCAUUCAUGAUAAUGCUCUUUUCAGUUCACCUCGUUGUUUUAUAAUGUAGAGUUCUUUGGAGCGAAUACAAAAGGAAGUUUGCUCUAAAAGAAAGAACAGGAUAUGUGGCAGGAUUUCACGCUCGGGAUUUAGGAGAGAACAAAAGAUUGACAUUCCAAGGGGUGUUUUAAUUCAAAAUAAUUCUAUAGCUCUUUUAGCCAGUGGAAUGAAUAGAAUCUCUUUUUUUUAAGAGAGACCAAAAACUGUAUUGAGCUAAU